GCAGCAAUGGCUGACGAAUAGAGAGAGACUGUUAUGUGGUUGAUUCUUAUUACAGCCAAUGCCCUGAGCGCUGGUGACAGUGUGUCCGCGCAACGCCGCGAGAGAAGACUGGAUUAGACAGGGAGCGCUGCAUGGGGAAACACCGACGACAUAGAUGAUUGAAUAACAAAGAAUAGACAAUUUGCAUGUGAGGUAGCCUGUGGAUUUGAACAGUGGGAAUUAUACGCACACGCACUGACAGAGAGCGAGGCCAUGUACACACGCUCAGCCGCUUUGUGAUCACCGGUCGUCGCUGCGUGUGUAUUCGGUUUCUCCCCUGCUUUGGGCAUGGACUGACCGACCCUCUCCCUCUCUUUCUUGGGUGAUUUGAUGGGGCUGCUCAGAGUCAUGAUGCCGCCUAAGAUGCAGCUGUUGGCACUGCUGGCGUUCGCAGUGGCCAUGUUCUUCUUGGAGAACCAGAUCCAAAAGCUGGAGGAGUCCCGGGGAAAACUCGAGCGGGCCAUUGCUAGACACGAGGUACGGGAGAUCGAACAGCGGCACACCCAGGACGGCCUGCGGGAGCGAGACACAUCAUGGGCGUCAUCUGCACCGGAGAGCGACGACGACGUGGUCAUCAUCUAUAACCGUGUUCCCAAGACUGCUAGCACCUCCUUCACCAACAUCGCCUACGACCUGUGCGGGAGAAACCUCUACCACGUACUGCACAUCAACACCACCAAGAACAACCCCGUCAUGUCCAUCCAGGACCAGGUACGGUUUGUGAAGAAUGUGACUGAAUGGAGGGAGAUGAAGCCGGCCUUCUACCAUGGACAUGUCUCCUUCCUGGACUUCACCAAGUUUGGCGUGAAGAGGAAACCUAUCUACAUCAACAUGAUCAGAGACCCCAUUGAAAGACUGGUAUCAUAUUAUUACUUUUUGCGUUUUGGAGACGACUACCGACCAGGUUUGCGACGGAGGAAACAAGGGGACAAGAAGACGUUUGAUGAAUGUGUGUCAGCCGGGGGCUCCGACUGCGCUCCUGAGAAGCUCUGGCUUCAGAUUCCCUUCUUCUGUGGUCACUACUCGGAAUGCUGGAAUGUGGGUAGCCAGUGGGCUCUGGAGCAGGCUAAAUACAACCUAGUGAACGAGUACAUGCUGGUGGGCGUGACGGAGGAGCUGGAGGAUUUUGUCAUGAUGCUCGAGGCGGCGCUGCCACGUUUCUUCAAAGGAGCUACGGAGCUGUACAGAACAGGAAAAAAAUCCCAUCUGAGGAAGACCAGCGAGAAGAAGCCACCCACCAGGGAGUCGACGGCCAAAUUGCAGCAGUCGGCCAUCUGGAAGAUGGAGAAUGAGUUCUACGAGUUUGCACUGGAGCAGUUCCAGUUUGUCAGGGCACAUGCCGUGAGGGAAAAGGACGGGGAGCUCUACAUGCUGGCGCAAAACUUCUUCUAUGAAAAGAUCUACCCCAAAAAAUAACAAGGAACAUGUGCUGAAGGAGAUGAGGUGGAUGAGGUGGGAUGAAGAGGACACGAGGCCUAGACGGAGCAUAAGAACCAUUUCCGCUGGUUCGACGCUACCAUAAGAGUACCGACACUUGGUUUCGUUCACCUAUGGAAGAAGUUCCUUCCGUCCGUCCCGCACCUUUCUAGGUGGGCGGCUCCCGGGCCCUUUCACUUCCAUGUCAAAGGUCAACCGAGGGCAGCAAAGCACCGGCGACGUCCCGGCUGACAGCUGCUCGUCCAAGUACCGAUUGGCUGUGCGGAUCAAACAUUUUGCAUUCGCUAUGUACUGUUUGGUUGUGUUUGGCUGUUUCAACUACUGUCGUCUUUUUGUAUGUGAACACGUGACGCCACAUCCUCGUGGCCUCACUCUUACUAACUUCAAAUGUUCGAUUCCUGAGCUGUAGUAUUCCACUUUCAACAAAGACUUUUGAGGUUUUUAUGAAAUAAAAAAAAAGGUUGCUAGACUAUUUGGCAGGUGUGUAUGUUUUGUACAGCGUCUGAUAUGAAGUGUGCAGCUUUAUAGCAUAGAGCAGCUUUGUUUACUCGUGCGUUCAUGAUGCUGCUUGCUGUAAAUAUAAAUGACGUUUUUGGUAAAUUGCUCUCUGGUGAAAUUUGCUUGGUUAACAUAUUGCCCUCAUAAAAUUAGGAACAGUCGGCUUUUAUUCUGUGAUGUCACUGAAAAAAAAAGCAGAGUAACCCUUGUUGUGUAUAGUGGAACCUUGGUUAGCGUCCCCCCAGUUAAGGUUUUUUUUUGUAAGGUAUAUUGAAUAUAAUUAGUGUACAAUAUGGCGCGCGUCUUGUGUUAUUAACUCACUGCAUGAAUUCGACUGUGAUCGUAAUAUAUUUUUAUCACAAAACAUCCUUCCUUUGUUAGCAUCCUAGCCAAACAACAUGGGAACCGGAAGUAACGUCACUUUUGACGAUUGACUAUUGAGCAGUUGUCAACACAAAAUAAUGUUUUAUACUUUUACAAUUAUAGUUUUGCGUGCACAAAACUAUUCAAAUAUGGUUAUAAAUGACGAAUGAACUGGAUAAAUGAAUAUUUAGGGUCCCUUUUAGCUUAAAGACGUGACUGUUCAAAGACACGAUGUGGCAGCGAGAUCGCCACCGCCAUUUUCCUUUUUCAGUCACGUCAAGCAUCACCUAAACCUCAACAAAGGGAAAACUAACCUUAAAUGUCCAUUUUUCAUUUCCAUUCACUCUUUUGUAUGCAUUUAGAAUUGUUCACUGCAUGUAAAACUAUAAAACUGUUUUUGGUGUUUUUGCUUUCUUGAUUUGGAUUUACAUUAUUUCUCAUGGGGAAAUUUUAUUCGGAUAACGUCCAUUUCGUCGCACAUCUGGAACGAAUUAAUGACUCUAACCAGGGUUCCACCUUGGCGGAUAAUUCCAGUUAUCUGCAAAAGGGUUUCUUGAAAAUCCAAUUAAUAAUCGAAUCUACGAAAUCUGCACCUUGACGCAAUUCCAAGAUAUGGAAGAAUUAGAAUACACUGAGAAAAAAUAGGUCAUCUUUUGUGUGCCUUCUUUGUGCCCAGCUUGGCCAUUAUUUUAGAAUUAUUAGAAAUGAAUGAAUGAAUGAAGAUGAAUGAUUAUUUUUGACCUAGAGACCUGCAGAGGGGGAUAGAGAGCCACUAAUUCUAUUUGUUUUUUUUUUUAUUAAACUUCUAAAAUACUUGACUAAUGU